AGUAUUUACUAAAACUUAUUUUUUUUCUUUGUCCCUGCUUGCUAACAAACAUUCAGAACAAUAACCCAGAACGUAACUUGAAAUUCAUGUGAAGCAACUUGGGACAUAGGAUGGUAAAUAAAUAUCGGCUGCACCGUGAACCAGGAAGCCAGAACAAAUCAUGGAUCCAUUUUUGGGUCUGCUGCAUUCAAUUUCCAGGGCCUUGGCUCCAGAGGAACUAGUUACUAUGAAAUUUCUGUGUCGGGACUUGAUUGGUAAAAGAAAGCUCCAGGCUGUGAAAAGCGGCCACGAACUCUUCGACCUUCUCUUAGAGCAGGAAAAAAUUACACCUAAGAACUUAGAAUUUUUAAGAACCAUGCUCCAAGUCCUGAAAAGAGAUGAUCUGGUAACGCAGAUGGAACAGUUUGCAGAAGGAAGGGGUGAUGAACAAAAUAACCAGCUGGAUGUUCAAGAAAAAUGUAAGCUGGACAGAGCUUUCGAAAUCAUAUGUAAACAUGUUGGAAGAAACUGGAAAAUGCUGAUCCGAAAACUUGGGAUUUCAGAAGCCAAAAUAGAUAGAAUUGUAAUGGCCAAUCCAUACAACUUGGAAGAACAACUGAUGCAGUCGCUUUUAGAGUGGCGUAAAUCAAAAGAGAGGGAAGCCAAGGUUGAUGAUGUUAUCAAAGCGCUUAGGGACUGUCAGAUGAACCUAGCAGCAGACUACGUGGAAGAAGGUUUGCGUCCGCAAAGCUGAUCUGCAAUAAAAUCAGUGGAAUUCAGCAUUCAUAUAGAGAUCGUUCACUGGUGACAGCAUGCUUUUCCCUGUGAUGUACAAGCAACUUUAAGUGCUGAAUUUGCA